UUGCAAUCCAUCGUGCAUGAAUGCUUGAGAUUUGAUUAACUUUUAGUGAAUUCGCGAAAGAAAUCCAGCUCCUGCCUCGUCCACUGAGAUGGAUCUAGAGCUGUAUGUGUACGACCUGUCCAAGGGGCUUGCACGAAUGGUACGUGCCUUUUUCGUCAAUAGAAUGGGUGUGCAGUCUAAUUCCUAUAGUACUCGCUCCCUUUGACCGGGAUACAAAUUGAUGCUAUUUACCACACGUCCUUGGUAUUGAAUAAUGUCGAGUACUACUUUGGACAGGGGAUUCAAACGGCUCUCCCUGGAAGCACACAUCACGGACAACCCAUGGAGAAGGUCCAUAUGGGGACCACGGAGCUCCCCCUAGAGGUGAUAGAGGAGUACCUCCAAUCCCUAGCCUCGAUCUAUACACCGGAGUCUUAUGAUCUCUUCCUUCACAAUUGCAAUAACUUCACCCAAGACCUAGCCAUGUUUCUCGUCGGGAAGAGCAUCCCUGAGCACAUCCGGAACCUGCCAGAGACAUUUCUGAGCACCCCUUUUGGCCAAAUGCUGAAACCUCAGAUUGAAUCAGCCCUUCGUGGUGUGACUCAAGCCCCUGGCCCGUCUGGAAUCCAGCCUGCUGCACCCCGCGCAGUACCGAGCGUCUCCUCACCAGCUGCGGCUGCGCCUAGCGCAACAGUUCAGAUUGUCACCAACCUGAGCCAGCUUGAUGCACACCUCGCUUCUGCAUCAAAUUCAUGUGCCGUUAUUUUCUUCACCUCAGCUACUUGCCCGCCAUGCAAGAUGGUAUAUCCCACAUAUGAUGAACUCGCUGCAGAAGCCGGCCGCAGAGCCGUCCUCGUCAAAGUAGACAUCAGCACUGCCUACGACGUCAGCAUGAAAUACAACGUGCGUGCGACCCCAACCUUCAUGACCUUCCUCCGAGGCGAGAAGCUCGAUGAAUGGAGCGGCGCAGACCCGGGCAAACUCCGAGGCAACGUCCGCCUGCUCCUGGAAAUGGCGUACCCCGUGCAUCGACACCGCCAGCUGCAUCUCCCGAGUCUCCAGAGGUCCAUCACCAACUACGUGAUGUAUAAGAAAACUCCUCCGCUUGAGAAGCUCGCUCAGAAACUGCAGCCGCACGACAAAGACCCCCGCCUGCUGUCUAUCAUCGACUUUAUUAAGCGCCGUAGUGACAAUGCCACCAGGCUAGCUGAUGUUCCACUCCCAUCCGAUCUACCUUCCUUCGCAGCCUAUCUCCAGUCAACCUUCCACGCCACGCCACUCGAGAACCGCUUUGCCGUCCUUGACCUUGCGCGGCUACUCUUCAUCGAUACCAGGGUGGCCGCUUUCUUCGCGGAAGAACCGAACCACACCACCUUGGCCACUUUACUUUCCACCGACAAUCUCUCCACACUUCCGUACAGCCUCCGGAUUGUCAUGCUCCAGCUCGGCUGCAACCUCUUCAACAGUCCUCUUUGCCUCGAUCAUCUGUCACUCCCCCACGCCCCGUAUACCAACGGCAGUGACGGCAGUGCCAACCUCCGCAGCACUCUUCUAGCCCUCACCACCGCUAGUCUCCUGGACACACACACCAACCUGCGCGUUGUCGCGGCGUCCCUGGCCUACAAUCUCGCCGCAUUCAACCACAACGCUCGUAUUCAGGAACCUCCUGAGCCCGAGCCUCUCACGGAAGAAUCCCAGGUCGAGCUCACUGCGUCUCUCGUCGAGGCGAUCGACCAAGAACAAGACAGUCCCGAGGCGUUGCAUGGGCUGCUCUUUGCCCUGGGGUUGAUUGUUUACGAGGCGCCCCCGGACGGCACCGUGCUGGAUCUAUGUAAGGCGAUGGGGGUUGCGGAGACGGUCAAGGCCAAGGGGGGUGUAGAGAAGUUCAAGGGGGAGCAGGGGUUAGUGAAGGAGGUAGGAGGGGAGUUGUUAGGGACGGAAUUAACCCCCUCGCCUCGAUAAUAGAUAGAUCGAUCCGUAUACAGACAGACGGACCAGCCGCUAUGCAACUAUACAGGCUGCACCUACAGAUAAAAAAAAAAAAAAAAAAAAUUGGGAAUCAUAUACUAUGUCUAGACUACUCAGCUGAUUCUAGUUCCUGGUUACCUUUCAAUAAUAACAUGAACAUACUUGCACGGUGUGAACAUGACUAUAUAUACAUAUAUAUAGAUGUAUACAUACCUAGUCUGAGAACAAAUCCCCAGCCGAGUCCACAGAAAGCGUCAAAUAAAUCCACAAGUUCUAGGAUGAGGGUAAAACAGAUCGAACGCAGCUUGGGUUUUAUCAGUGAAAUGAUAUUAUAUAGCAUGGUAUGGUAUAAUCUAGGGCUAUCUUCCGGAACUAAACUACGAAACUAUAAAAUGUAGAGCA